AUGUUAGGUUCACGGUAUACUACGUCUCGUCAUGGUUACGAUUCAAAGCCCCGUACUGCAUUGGUUAUAGACGACGAAGAUGAUUUGUACAGUGGAUUUAACGAGGUGGCUCCGGCUCUGGACACGCGAACGCUACGUGAGGACCAAACUUUCCAGCAAGUGGUGCGGACUGCCGGCAUCGGCAGGCAAACGACCAGCCGCAUGGGGACAGGGGUAUUUGGUAUGGGCACGGGCAGAAUCCGCGGCUCCUCUCGAGCGGGCACCGCGACGCGGCCUAUGACUGCGCUCCGAGCCGCCGGGUACACGUCCGCGACAAGAGAUACGCCUUUGAAAGAUGAUCGUCGGGAAGACAGCAUUGAAGACAAAAUUCAGCAAAUGGAGCGGCGUAUAAUGUUAUUAGUUGAGGAAUCUUGCAUGCUGAGCGCUAAACGGGAGGAGGACAAUGAAGCGCCUACGAAAAGAGAAUACGAUUUAGCUCAAGCGUUGUCAAAAGCACAAGAGGCGUCGGCGUUGGAGCGUCAGUUGAUCCGAAUGCAAGAGCAAGCCAACAUGGGCGAUACGCAUAAUUUAGACCUCACAUUUGCGGUUUUAUGCAACCUGGCUGGACAAUAUGCCCUCAACGAAAUGUAUACAGAAGCUCUUAAUACAUACCAAUUGCUGACGAGAAAUAAAUUAUUUCCUCACGCCAAUCGACUUAAGGUGAACAUGGGCAACAUUUACUUUAAAAUGGGGGAGCAUCCUAAAGCACUGAAACUUUACAGAAUGGCUUUAGAUCAGACACCUACAGCGGAAAAAGAUUUGAGGAUGAAAGCAAUGCAUAAUAUAGGCCUGCUGUUAGUUCGGAUGGGUAAAUUUCGCGAUGCUGUUACAAAUUUCCAACACAUUAUGCACGAGCAAGGCGAUUUCCAAACAGGUCUGCACCUGGUGCUAUGCUCUGUGGCACUGAACGACGCCGAGGCGGGCAAGGCCGCCUUCCACGCCAUGCUGGACGUCGAGCCCGCCACUUACCACCACGAUAUUCCUAUCGAUGACGAAAACGACGCCUACGAAUGUGUAUUACGUGACGUGGUGCGCGGGGACAGGCUGUCACAGUGGUCACGACGCGCGGCCGCGCACGCCGAGCGCUGCCUGGCGCUUGCAGCCGCCGCCCUCACCGGCCCUUCCGCCAGGGACGAUGAUGUUAGUGCAUCGUGGUGUGCGGAAGCACUUCGCGGGUACUCUGGCGGGAGCGCGGGCGCUCGGCUCGAGUUGGGCGGGGCGCUGGCGGCGUUGCGUACGGCCGCGGCGCCGGCGGGCAGCGGGGGAUCCGCGCUGGCGGCGGGCGCGCGUGUCUUGCAACGCCUCAAGGCGGUGGCGCGCGCGCACCACGAGGACCGGGUGCUGCGCGCAGAGGCUUCAGCCGACGCUGCUUUUGUUGCUUACGCGCUAGGUAAGUGGUCGGAGGCGAAGUCCCUGAGCGAGGCGGCGGCACGCGACGACCCGUACUCGUGCAGCGCUCGCGUGUGCGGCGCGCUGGCGGAGAUGGCGGCGGUGCGGGGCGGGGCCGGGGCCGGGGCGGGGGCAGGCGAUGGUGUGCGCGAGGCGGCGGGUGACGCGGCGCGCCGCCUGCUCGCCGCCACACACCUCGAUCCCGCCGAUCUCGUCGCCAUGCAUGACUUGGCGCUGUGCAUGGAGCAGAGCGGCGAGGUGGGAGGGGCGGAGGCGCGGUGGCAGCGGGUGCGCGCGGGCGCGGGCGGCACGCUGCGCUCGCUGGCCGCCGCCGGCCUCGCGCGUCUCGCGCACGCCAACGCCGCCGACCCGUCCGCUGCUGACCAUUGGUACAGCAUGAUCGGCAGCUGGGACGCGGGCGUGUCCUGCGCGCUCGCACAGCUGCACGCCGAGCUGGGCGACCCGCAGACAGCCAAACAUCACUACCAAGAUGCGGAGGCGGUGUGGCCGAGCGAGGUGACCGCGCUGCAGUGGCUGGCGGGAGACGCGGACCCUGACGAGGCGCUGCGGUACUACCGCCGCGCCGCGCGUCUGCAGCCACACAAUCCACAAUGGGGUCUGCUGAUGGGCGGUUGUCUGCGCGCAAAUGGAAAAUAUCAGGAAGCUCUCGCUCUCUAUAAGAAGCUAAACGCACGAUUCCCAGACAAUGUACAAUGUUUGAAGUUAAUAGUGAAGUUGUGCGGCGACCAAGGGUUAUCGGAGACCAGCGCGUGGACCAGGGAAUUGCAACGUGCGCAGGCGCGGCUGAAGCAGCAGGAACGAGCCGUGCUGUCGACGUCAUCAGGCAGCGGCUCGUCCGGUGCGAGCCACUCGCCCAGCGAUCUCGCCACAGCCACAACGGGUAAUCUUAUUUUUUUGAGUUCAGAUAAAAGAUACGGUAACGAGAACCAGGAAAGUGGUCAGGCUAUCGGUCGUUCUGUCAACCGCCCAGUGAGCAGGAGAAAGACGGAAGAGUUUGAUGACGAUCUGCCGCUGCCGCCAGAGUAA